AUGUGGGAGGCGUGGAAUCGUUAUAUUGAGAACUUCGAAAUAGCCGCUACUCUCAAUAACGCUAACGAUCCGGUCCGUCGGUCACAGCUCCUAUUUCUUUCUGUUGGCGAAGAAUUGCAAGGGAUUAUCAGAGCAGCAAAGUUAAGACCAAGUCUAACCGAUGCUAACUGCUAUCACUCGUUCGUAAAUAACAUCAAGAACUAUCUACAGUCUAUGACCGAUUCUGCCGCCGAGCACGAAGCGUUUUCAAACAUGAAGCAGGAAAAUGCUGAAUCAGCCAUCGCUUUUCACGCUCGCUUGAUGGCUCCUAAAGGUCUUAGGAAUAAAGAACUGGUGAAGGCCGCUCGUACAUACGGGUACGAUACGAAGUACGUAGUGCAGGCUGCAACUCGCGAUGAAGCAUACCAAGCUGAAACAACAGCAUCAGAAUCGCCGGAGGUGUACACAGUUAGUCGCCGUACGCCACACUCACAAAGUCAAGGUCAAAGCCGAAACGAUAAUCAGAGACGCAGGCGAACUUAUCCUUGGGACAGACGAUAUACCGCUAAACAACCACGGGUAGACGAGCAGGGUUUCCGACGUGAAACGAAUAAUCGAGGCUAUCGUUCCCGUUGUCCAAGAUGCAAUCAGAAUCCACACAACAAUUAUCCAUGUCCGGCGUUAAAGAGGAAAUGUAAUUCUUGUCGCGAAUUCGGACACUACGCAAUCGUUUGUCGCAAGAGAGCUGUCCAACACCUCGAGAUGGCUAAUGACGAGUCCCCCAAGCAGGAGAAUGCAUUCCAUGAUAAUCAGCAUGUUAACACACUCUCUCUGGAAGACGUAUUGGUGAAUUGCCAGUUAGGGAAAUCCGCCCCUAUCAAGUUCCUAGUUGAUUCAGGUGCGGAUGCAAAUGUCAUCGGUGGUGCGGAAUGGAUUCUUUUGCAGAAGCAACUCGAACAGGGUAACACUAACAUAAACGUUCUCGAAAACGUCGGAUCGAAAGGUCUUCAUGCAUAUGGCACGACAUCACCAAUGGUUGUCGAAUGUCUCCUUGAAGCGAAAGUUACAGUAGUCGGGAGCGCAUCACGGCCCCAGGUUGCGACGUUUCAUGUUGUUCCGAAAGGAAGAAGAUCGCUUCUUGGAAGAUCCACUGCAAGUGAUUUGGGAUUAUUACAGGUUGGACUGAAUCUCCACAAUGUGGAAACAUCCAAGCCUGAGAAGUUUCCGAAAAUGCCGGGCGUAAAAAUUAGGUUUAGUGUUGAUAAAGCUGUGCCUCCGGUAAAAAACGCCUACUAUAACGUCCCGGCCGCCUAUCGAGUAGCAGCGAAACAACGACUAGAAGAAAUGGAAAAAAGUGGUAUAAUUGAAAAAGUAACAUCGGCUCCAAACUGGAUCAGUGGAAUGUCCGCUGUCGCGAAAGGAAAGGACGAUUUUCGUUUAGUGGUUAACAUGAGGGCUCCGAAUAAGGCAAUCAACCGCGAAUAUUUCCGCUUGCCUCUACUGGAGGAAAUGAAAGUGAAACUCCAUGGCUCGAAAUGUUUCACCAAACUGGAUUUGAGCAACGCAUUCUAUCACCUCGAACUUAGCAAAGAGUCUCGGGACCUAACAACCUUUAUUACUGAAAGUGGCAUGUACCGCUUUACCAGGCUAAUGUUCGGGGUGAACUGUGCGCCCGAAGUUUUUCAGCGGGAAAUGACGCGAAUUCUCGAAAAUGUUGAAAAUAUAAUUGUUUAUAUCGACGACAUUCUUAUUUUCGCAUCUAACUUUGAGGAGCUACACAAAACAGUUAAUCAAGUCUUGCAGAUAUUACGAGCUAACAAUUUGACGUUGAAUGCAAAAAAGUGCGAGUUUGACAAGACGCAGCUCAAAUUUCUGGGUCAUCAACUUGAUGCAGAAGGAUUCCAUGUGGACGAAGAGAAAAUUCGAAGCAUCCGCCAAUUUCGAGAGCCUGCAACUAUUUCCGAGUUACGUAGUUUCCUUGGACUGGCAUCCUUCAUAAGCGCACACGUGAAAAACUUCGCGGAUAUCACAAGCCCCUUAUGGACCAUCACUACUGCGAAGUCUUGGACGUGGGGUUAUGAACAAAGCCAAGCGUUUCAACUGAUCAAAGAGAAAAUUCUGCAGAAUUGUGUCACUUUAGGAUACUUCUCAGAAAACGACAGGACAAUCUUAUACACUGAUGCUUCGCCGAUAGCAUUGGGAGCGGUUUUGGUUCAAAAUAACAAAGAUGGAUCAUCGAGAAUCAUCAGCUACGCAUCAAAGUCACUGACUACGACGGAAAGAAGAUACGCCCAGAACCAGCGAGAAGCUCUCGCUGCAGUUUGGGCAGUAGAACACUUUUCGUAUUUUCUAUUAGGACGAAAAUUCACGCUAAGGACUGACGCACAGGGGGUAUCAUUCAUAUUAAACCGGUCACGAGAGGAAUCAAAAAGAGCCUUAACGCGAGCGGAUGGUUGGGCGUUGAGAUUAAGUCCGUAUCGUUACGAUGUGGAGUACAUUCGAGGGGCAGAUAAUAUCGCCGAUCCGCCUUCACGCCUUUAUAAUGGCAAUGAUGUCGCCUUCGAUGAUGAUACAAGCCCUUGGGAAAUUGCAUCUCUUGAAGCAAACUCUGUUGGCUUUCUGACGGAUGAAGAAAUUAAAGCUGCUACAUUUGAAGAUCCCAUUCUACAAAACGUAAUGUGCUCCCUCAAGUCGGGGAAAUGGCCUCUACACUUGAGACAAUUCCAGCUCGUAGAAUCUGACUUGACGACUCGAGACCAAAUUUUAGUGAAGACCGGUUGCGUUGUUAUCCCGACAGCACUUAGAAGGAAGACACUGGAUCUGGCUCACCAUGGUCACCCAUCAGCUGCAAAAUUGAAGAGCAUUUUGAGACAACGUGUUUGGUGGCCCGGAAUGGCAGCUGAAGCACAACAGUUGGUUGAAACCUGUGAAACUUGCGCAGUAAACGGUAAACCUGAAAAGCCCACUCCAAUGCAGCGCAUUUUUGCACCUAGAGCUGUUUGGGAGACAAUAGCGUUGGACUUCAAUGGGCCAUACGUAAAAUUCGGGGAAGUUUACAUACUAGUUAUUGUAGACUACAGAUCAAGGUACCUAAUUGCUCGUCCCGUCAAGUCAACGGGUUUCAUGCAUACGCGAAAGGUUCUGGAAGACAUCUUCGAUCGAGAAGGCAUACCGAAAUCGAUUAAAACAGACAACGGCCCUCCGUUCAAUGGGGAAGAUUAUAAAACUACUGUGCCGAGCGUGGAAUAUCAACGAUUUUCUCGACCCUUAUUCCCUCAACAAAACGGACUUGUUGAGGGGUAUAUGAAAGUCAUAAACAAAGCUAUGGUAAGUGCGACUGUUAAUAAAACCAACUAUGUUGAGGAGUUGCGUGAAGCGAUACACGCACAUAACGCUGCAGCACAUAGUGUAACGAGGCUGCCCCCAGAGGAGGUCAUGAGUGGUCGAAAGAUAAAGCGUAAGCUUCCGCUAUUGGAGUACGAGAAAGUGUCUAUUGACGAAGAACUGCUCAAUGACAGGGACAGAGAAGUAAAAUUGGCUAGCAAAAGCGGGAGGACAAACGACGUGGAGCUCGCCAGUGCCGAGUCAAACCUGGCGAUAAAGUGA